CGGUAGCAUUGGUAGCAUACUCCCCGAACGCAUCCUAAUGGCCGAAGUUUCCAGAAUGCUUUCCAGUCAGCACUCCAAAUACAGGUCAAACCUCAAGAUUUCGGAGCGAUCCUGAUCAGUAUUAUUAUUAAUAAAAGUGUUAACAGGAGUUUCUGUGAUUGCCAUCCUAUGAUAAAUCUAUGCUCGAAACACUAUACUAGAGAAGAACGAGAUAUAAUAGAAAUAUUUGAGACGAAUUGUCACUAAGAAGCAGUUCAAUCAACGUUAAACUCCGUUAAACGCUUUCCUAACCAUACUUACUUCGCCGAAGAAGCCUUCUCUCUUUACUGUUUUUCUUCAAAAAAAUAUUCGGAACGAUGGCAAAAUGGGGCGAAGGUGACCCACGUUGGAUUGUGGAAGAGAGACCUGAUGCGACUAAUGUUAAUAAUUGGCACUGGACAGAGAAAAAUGCCUAUGCGUGGUCGCAAGAAAAGUUAAAAGAGUUGUUUUUAAACGCAACAGUUGAGGGGGAUGGAAUAUCAUGUAAAAUAAUAGAAAUGGAGAAGUGUGAAGGUGAGGCGGUAGCAAAUAAUAGAAAAGGAAAACUUAUUUUCUUUUAUGAAUGGAAUAUUGUCCUUAAAUGGGAGUUGAAUGAACAAUCUGAUCAUAAGAAAAUUGAGGGUAAAAUUAAUAUCCCUAAUUUAUCUGAAGAAAAUGAUAUCAAUGAAAUAGAUAUCGAAGUUACAUUAAAAGAGAGUACCGAUGAAGGAGAGAAGGUGAAACACUUUUUGCAUACAAAGGGAAAGAAUAUAUUAAGAAAAAAAUUGGAAAAAUAUGUAUCUUCUUUGAAGGAAGAAUUUACAAAAGGAAUGAUACUUCCUAAAAAAGAUAAUAUAAAGGAAAAUAUCUCGAAUAUAACAUCUGGCUUCAACAUCAAAAUGCAAAUGAAUUCUGCAGUGGUACCAACAAACUAUAACAAAUCAGUAAGUUGUAAAAUCUCCACCACUACCAUUAAGCAACAACAAAAAUUUCAAUGCAGGGCGGAAGAAUUAUUCAAUGUUUUUACUAUUGUUGAGAUGGUGCAAGCCUUCACGAAAGGUCCAGUGAAGCUUGAACUAAAGAAGAAUGGUCAGUUCGAGCUCUUCGGUGGCAAUAUUCACGGCGAGUUCAUCGAAAUUACACCGACAAAAAUUGUACAGAAAUGGCGUUGCAAACAAUGGCCGUCUGAUCAUUAUAGUCAUGUAACUAUCGAUAUUUGUGAAAAGAGCGAUCACACCGAAGUUAAUUUAACACAGAUCGGUGUCCCACUAAGUGAGGAGAUCUCUACGAAAGAAAAUUGGGACAGGUAUUAUUGGGACGCCAUAAAACGGACUUUCGGCUUCGGAUAUUUUAUUGUUUCGCCGCUCGACGUGGAGAGAAAACCACCCAUCAGGGCGUCGAGUAUGCCAUGCGUACUUAAUGGGGAGGUAAUCGCAUUGCACACCUGGCGCAACAUGCAUCCUUCCACGCCCUUGUCGCAGCUCGACUGCCUCGCCAGGGAUAUCGAACUGGCCGCAUUCGAUGAGGAAUCUGUCGCAGUUAUGGACACUGAACGAGCGGGAAACACGAGGAUAAGAGAAGAAGAGGAAGAGAGAGAGGAGACAGGGAGAGGAGAGAUCAGUCCAUCAGACAUGACUGUUACUUCGACGCGGGAAUUUCCUACCAAUGACACCUUCGUCGGCAACGGUUUUGAUUGCGGCGUUGAGCCCGAGGAGUACGGGCUAUUGACGCGUGUGUUUAUAGCGGUGUUCGCCGUCAUUCUCAGUUUCGUAACAGUCGCCGGUAAUAUAAUGGUCAUGGUAUCGUUCAAGAUCGACAAGCAACUGCAGACGAUCUCGAACUAUUUCCUCUUCAGCCUGGCGGUGGCCGACUUAUCGAUCGGCCUAAUCUCCAUGCCUCUCUUCACGAUGUACACGGUGCUCGGUUACUGGCCGCUCGGCUCCCACGUGUGCGACCUGUGGCUCGCCCUCGACUAUCUUGCGAGUAACGCGUCGGUCCUCAAUCUGCUUACGAUCAGCUUCGACAGAUACUUCUCCGUCACGCGCCCGCUCACCUAUCGAGCCACAAGGACCAACUUGAAAGCCUUCGUUAUGAUCGGAGCGGCUUGGGGUAUAUCGCUGCUUCUUUGGCCGCCCUUUAUCUACGGCUGGCCGUAUAUCGAGGGCCAGAGGACCGUGCCGGAGACCGCGUGUUACAUUCAAUUCAUCGAGACGAAUCAUUACGUCACCUUCAUUACAGCCAUCGCCGCAUUUUAUGUUCCUGUCUGCGUAAUGAUGAUAUUGUACUGGCGGAUAUGGAAAGAGACAAAAAAACGGCAGAAGGAACUACCGAACUUACAGGCCGGGAAGCAAGACGCGGGCAAGCGCAGCAACUCGAGAUGCGAUGAUGCUUUAGACCUGGAAGAAAGUAAAAGAGCGCGAAGCGAGUCGAGCACCGGCGAGGAAGCCUUACACACCACGCACAUUGCCGUCUCUUACGUUGAUAAGAAUUACAAUGGCCCUAGGCCGUUCUCCUGGACUUGGCUCAAAAUGUGGUGCAUCGCGUGGUGGCACAGCGGACGUGACGACGAGGACGAGGACGAGGAGAUCGCGGGUCCGGAGAGCAGCCGCACCGUGCCAGGCUACGAGGAAACUCUCACGCCGUUGUCUGCCGAGACGCCGCUCCCCAGCACGGCGUCACGAUGUCCCUCCCUUGGCGCAUUACAGGUCACGGGUGCCGCCCCGGACAAGGGCAUAAUGUUACACGAGUACAAAAGGUCGACGCACCCAGCCGACCCCGCCACGAAAACCAUCAAGAAUGAUUCUGUUUAUACGAUUCUGAUCCAAUUGCCGAGCAACGGCACCAAGUUUAGCGAAGGAGCCAGCAUAAAGAUGAUUCACGACGAGUCCAUGUCGGUCCAGAUACACAAGACGGAGGACAGCGAAGACGAUGGCGGUGUAAGCGGCAGUGGCGAUAGCAGCGGUGUCGGCGGGAGUAGCGGUGUAGGUGAAGGAGGAGGAGGAGGAAGCAAUGGAGGUGCCAGUGGCAGCGGUCUCGACGGCGGUGGCGGCCUCAGCGCCGGUGUGUCCGGCGGUAGCGCCGGCAAGGUAUUCCGCCUGACGACGCCGAGCCCGUCAUCGGUAAUGAGGAGGUCGUCACAAAUGCCAGACAUCAGGAUCCCGCUGAACGCGAAGACCAUACCAAAGGUGGACAAGAGCAUACUGAACAAGCAACCGAACAAAAAAAAGACGGAAAAGAAGACGGAAAAGAAGGCCGCCAAAACUCUAAUGGCCAUUCUACUGGCGUUCAUAAUGACGUGGACGCCGUACAACAUCCUGGUCCUCGUGAAGCCUCUCAUCGGUUGUCAAAUCUCUAUACCGCGGGAACUGUGGGAUAUGUCUUAUUACCUUUGUUAUAUCAACAGUACUGUAAAUCCGAUGUGUUACGCGCUAUGCAACGCGACAUUUCGCAGGACUUACGUGAAAAUUCUUAAAUGCAAAUGGCACAGCAGGAAUCGUACCGCGGUCGAUCGGGGAUACUAGCAUCAGGAGCAACAGCGUCGGGGCCAAACUACAACUAGUUUCUAACAUCUACCCUCGCAUUGGUCUUCUCCCCCGAUUGCUUUCCCGGAGGAUCCAACAGUGGAUGACUGCACACGCAUUGCGCGUAAAAACGCACACACACAUCUCGAACACCUCGAAGCAACAUUCCAUUAUUAUUAUUAUUAUCACCAUCAUCAUUAUUGUUAUUUUUAUUGUUAUCGUUGUUAUUAUUAUUGUUGUGGUUGUUGUUGUUUUUAUUGUCAUAUUAUUAUUAUAAUUUUAUUAUAGAUUAUUAUUAUAAUAUUAUUAUUAUAGCUUAUUAUUAUUAUUAUUAAACAUAUAGCUGUUUACUUUUCUCCGUUUUUACGCGUUUCCGAGAGCGUACGAAGCGAAGAGAUCGACGGUUGCCGCGACGAAGUGUUUGAUGCUCUCGACUACCAAAUCGCCUUGUGGUAUUCUUAUCGAUAUAUCGCCGGCCGCUCGCGCGCAAUCGCUUUAAGUCACAGGAGGAGCCGCUGAAGUUCUCGCCUUGGCGUUCACCGGCCGAGAGUGCCCUCAAAUCAUCAGGACAGGAGAGAUUAACCCCCGACGAUCACGCGUCGUUUCUGCGCCGUUUGAACGGCUGCAUUUUUUAGCGGGAAUUAAUUAAUUAGUGAUCGUGUUUGAGCGACUCUUUCCCUCCCUCCUUCCCACCCUCUUCCUCCCCCCUCUAUUCCUCUCUCUCUCCUUCCCUCCCCUCUCUCUUUCUCUCUCUCUCUCUCUCUCUCUCUCCCUCUCUUCCUCCUUCCUUCCCCCUCUCUUUCUCUCCCUCUCUCUCUCUCUCUCUCUCUCUCCUUCCCUUUCUAUCUCCCUUCCUCCUUCCUUCUAGUCCGACGUAACGUCGGAGUUUAAUGUUCUAACGCUGUUAUGCCGCAUUGCCAUUACGUCGGUGUUGCCAUUAACUUGUAAAAAAAAUUAAUAAUGUACUAAUAUAUCCUUGUCGGGGAAUCAACAGUGUAGUAUGCAGAGCGACGUAAACAAGCCCGUAAUUUCCUGUACGCGGCAGAGACACAGCGCGCGGGUUUGUUUGGUGUACAAUAUUCCCGGUUCUCAAAUUUCGGCCGCCAAUUUCUGGCGACACAUGUCAAAAAGUCUUAACGAGGCAGUGGUUCCUUUCUUUCUUUCUUUCUUUUUAAAAGGGGCGUAGCGUCUCCACAGAGAGAGUUCUCAGCCUCGCGCGCAGAACGUCGCCGCGCGUAUUUGGCGAAUCGCUCCAGCGAGUCCGUUGGCAGUCGUUUCGCUUCAGAGCUCUUCGAACGAUGCUCAGCGACAUUGAUGAAUGCUCGUUAGAUACUGCGCCUAUACACCGCGUUGUGUCUCGCUCGAUGACGAAUUGGAGAAUUGGGAAAUUGGGGCAUCGCGUAGAUCUCGGCGAGGGGUGACACGUACCCGUUCGCGCUGUGACGAGGCGUGCGAGCCGGCCGGCGACGACUCUCUAGUCAAAACGCACGCAGCCCGGUCUCCGAGUUUCGCAAGUGACGCGAUGCGGGUAUUGCCAUGGAUAUCGUAACGUUCAUAAAUUUCUGUCCGCGUCGCGCGCGUGCUCGACAAUUGCAUCACACCUCCGGUAUACUCGGAAACCGGGUGUACCGGUGUCCUCCUCCGACGCGUUCGUCACCUUCGGGCCCUGCGAAAAACAUCCGGAACCGUCGCGCUGCUCCCCGGCUGGGAACAUCUCCUUCUCGUACGUACGGAGGUAAUGCGGAGCAAGCGGCGCCGGAUAUGAACGGUGACGAAGUUGCGACGGAGGACUCAACACGAAGAAUUAAACGGCACAAGAAUCCUUAAUUACAUAAAAUAUCAAAAAAAUAAUGAUAAUCCUUGUAACUUGUCGCUCACACAAACCGAUUAAACGAUGUAUACACUCGAUGUAAAUUUUACAACGUAGCGAAGUGUAAAACUGUAAAUGAAUGUAAUGUUUAAAUGUAAUAAUAACGUGAGGGUGGCUGAGAGCAAAUCACAUGGACGAAGAGGAUGGAAGUACGGGAGGAUUAUUAGCGAUCAGGAGGCAAGAACACAAGGGAGAGAGAUUACGCUAAAUCGAAUUCUUCCGUAAACUAAAAAUAACAUUCUAAUUAUACGUGCCAAACGAAGCUUUAAGAGAUUAUACCAAAAUUAUAACACGGCGUAAGAAAAUGAGAAAAAGUGAAAGAGGGGGGAGGAAGCAAAGAUGAAGUGGAGGAAGGCGGGCGUGGAAGGGAGGAACGUCAUAGCACAACUCUCGAGGCUAUUGUAAGAGACGAUACUGAAUAUAGUUAUAUAAUAAUUAUAAGAGGAAAAACUG